AUCGCGUUAGUGGGAUCCUGCCCCAGAUCGGUGUCCUGUGCAUGGAGCGGGCCUGACGGUACGUAGAGGGGAGACGAACCCUUCCGGGCGGGGAAAAGACUGAAUGACGCUUCCAUACGAGUCUCUUAUUACACCGGGACACGUCUGAUGAACAAUGGCCGGAUUUCUGGAUAAUUUCCGAUGGCCGGAGUGUGAAUGCAUCGACUGGGGUGAAAAAAGGAACACAAUUGCUUCUGUUGUAGCAGGUGUUCUGUUUUUUUCAGGUUGGUGGAUCAUGAUUGAUGCCGCAGUGGUUUACCCUUCGCAGAAAGAACUGAACCACGCGUUUCACACCUGUGGAGUGUUCUCUACAGUGGCUUUCUUCAUGAUCAACGCUGUGUCCAAUGCGCAGGUUCGGGGGGACAGCUACAGCGACGGCUGCCUGGGAAGGACGGGGGCUCGAGUUUGGCUUUUCAUCGGCUUUAUGCUGAUGUUUGGAUCACUCAUCGCUUCCAUGUGGAUCCUUUUUGGAGCUUACGUCACACAAGGUGGAAAUGUUUACCCUGGACUGGCUGUGUUUUUCCAGAACACUCUAAUAUUUUUUAGCACAUUGAUCUACAAAUUCGGAAGAACGGAAGAGUUGUGGUCAUAGGAAGAUGGAGCCGGAAAGCUUGCAGUCUAGCUGUUCGGAUGUCCUGUCUCGCCUGUUUCUAGUAUUCACGUUUCUGGCAAAUAGUUUUAUUUCUACGGACUGGGGUAACCCCGCCGCCAUUAAGGUGGAAGAAGGAGCUCGUUAUGCUGUAUAUACAUCAGUUGAAACACUGAUGUGCGAUUCUUGGCUCACAAUAGAUCUGUCAACAAUUUUAUUAUUUUUCCUUAGUUUUUUUCCUGUU